CACAAGACACAACCACUGUGUUGACCUACUCCAGUCCCCAGCUAUCUUGCGUAGCGGCAUUCUCGAUCGAGCUCGUACACUCCUAACCAUCGACAUCACGCAUCCUACUCGCUCUAGCGGCCAGAGCGUCAGAGCCAGGGGCGGCAGCAGCGCGCGCGGCGCACGACGACGACAGGUUCGUUCGCGGCAUGGUGAAGGGCGCCCAGCUCCAGGACGCGGCGGCCGACGCCGCCCGCAAUGCGGCGGCGGCGGCGGCGAGGCAGCAGGGCUGUGGUGGCGGCGGCCCGGCGGGCUGCGGCAAGAGGCAGUACAAGGGCGUGCGGAUGCGGAGCUGGGGCUCCUGGGUGUCGGAGAUCAGGGCGCCCAACCAGAAGACCCGGAUAUGGCUCGGCUCCUACUCCACCGCCGAGGCCGCCGCGCGCGCCUACGACGCCGCCCUGCUCUGCCUCAAGGGCUCCGCCGCCGACCUCAACUUCCCCGUGCACCUCCCCUUCCACAUCCCCGCCGCCGCCAUGUCGCCCAAGUCCAUCCAGCGCGUCGCCGCCGCCGCCGCGGCCAAUGCCACCUGCGGCAGCCCGCUGCAGGCCGGCGCCGGCGCCGCCGCCGCCGCGCCCCACUACUACUCCUACUCCUCCUCCGCCGCCUCCACGAUGGCCGCCGACGGCGCCACCCCUCCGUGCAGCUACGGCGACGCGUCGUCGGGCGUGAGCUCCCCGGAGACGGCCGGGAACACUGAUGACCUGUGCUACGGCGUGGCGCACGACGACGACGUGGACAUGGUGGCGGGCGACGCGGACCUCGCCGCGCUCGCGGACAUCGAGUCCUUCUUCCGGUCGCCCAAGUGCAUGGAGUACGCUAUGAUGGACCCAUGCAGCACGUUCUUCGCGCCAGCGCCCAUGGCGACGGACGCGGCCAGCGAGUGGGAGUGGGAGGAGGAAGGCGAGAUCGACCUCUGGAGCUUCUCGUCCCUCAACUGAUCGCCAGACAUCAGUUCGGAGGUCAAGCCGGCCUCAAGCGGUCACCAUUCGUCUCAAAUCAACGCUGACUGAUUAAUUACAACUGCAACCAACCUACGUGAUCAAGAAUUGGUCACGGUAUAAAUAAGCAUCAUAUAUAAAUAUGCUAUGAAGGAUUAUUUGAUUCAUACCACUAGUUAAUUAUUGCACUAUAUAUUACUAGUGCUAGGCUAAUUAUGCAAUGUGGAGGGAGGCUCUCAUGGAGCUACAUGUUUUAAGGCAGCUUUCCAUGGAGUCAAUCUCCUCUCCGUUGCAUGCCAGGCUAUGUGUAGACGAAGCUGUGUUUUUCUGCAAGUGCAAGUAAUGUAUAAUGAAUUAUCAUGAAUUCAUGAUCU